GCACCGUGAGCGCGCCCGGUGGGUUAUGGGUACGGUGCCGGUGUGCAGGAAGUGCAGGCGGGAUGCUGCUGAGAGAAAAGCGCACCGCUGCUCCGUCCAUCCGCGAUAAGAGGGAUGAGGAAUAAUCAGCUGUUGUGUUGUGGAACCAACAUCCACAUGCAGGAGUCCGACACCAGCGAGCGCCUCCUCCUGUCCUGACAGCCCGGCGGAGCGGCGCGGAGAAGCGGGUCCGUGCACCGUGACGGAGACGACCGCUGUCCACGGCACCGACGGGUCCCAUCCGUCCUGCUGGCCGUCACCGGACCGGUGUGUCCCCGGACCAGUAAACAACCGACCCUGCCCUCGCCUCUCUCUCUCUCUCUCUCUCUCUCUCUGUCUCUCCCGGUGUGUGUGUGACCGUCCUGUCGCGUUGAUUGAAGGAAGACUGAUGCUUCCCCUCUCGGUGCGUUUGUGAGAUCACCUUUGCGGUUCACCUUGGAAAUAAGAAAAACGCGUGAAAGGUCGAUGGAUCACAUGCCGCAGAAACAAACCAGCACUGACCCAUGUGGGGUCAAAGUGCAGCCUGGACCCUGUGCGUUACUUGCAGCCGGUCCAGGUUUACCUCCACAACUUGCCAUCCAGGAGCCAGCUCUCAUCAUCCCACCAGAGUUCCCCAACAAACCAAAGUCUGGGUUGAGCCCCGUCCAGGCACCGGUUCCACCCGUGAAAGUGACAGAACCGACAGGCCACACAAGCACAGCGACGCUGACGAGCAUAAGUCGGCCAAGACCGACCGCCCUCGGGACUAAACCUGCUCCGAAGCCGACCAGGAUCCCAGCUGACCUCUCCAAGGAAAUAGAUUUGAUCCCAGUUUGCAUCCCAGGACCUCAGUGUGCCAACGUCCUGCCACAGACUGAGUCCUCCCUUCCUCUCCACAGUCCUCAGAGUCCCCACAGUCCUCAGAGUCCCCACAGUCCUCAGAGUCCCCAUAGUCCUCAGUCUUACACCAACCAGCCUUACCUGAGUCCCACUCCCAGCCCGAACCCACCCGCCAGCCUCAGUCUCAAACCAGGCCUCAGUGUUCAGUCGCAGAGGAGGUAA